AGUCAAUCCAGCCCACCGCCAAGGGUGUCUAGGUUCAUGCACCUUCGUAAUCGCAAUCCCAAAUUACACUGGUUUUCCAUUUCACGAAUUAAUAAAUAAAUACUGUAAUUCACCCUCACUCACGGAUAAUUUACUAAUUUAGCUUCCCCUUAAAUUCACAUGAUUCUUGUUUCAUCCUUCUCGCAACUUCUUAUGAUCCUCGUCUCCCUCAUGUUUGAAUGCAUUUCCUUACUUUGGAUGUCCUACAUCAAUGACAGCUACAGGGCCAUCUAUUGUAAGGAAGCUCUCAAGAUAUUUAAGCAUGAAGCCAGUAGCAGCGGUUGAUGUUGAUGUUGAAGAGCAGGGUAGUUAUAGGAAAGAUAUCGAGCAUGAUUUAUGGCCACUUGGGGAAAUCAAACCAACAAAAGGAAAGUUCCCAUGUUGUUUGGUGUGGACCCCACUUCCAAUUGUCUCGUGGUUGGCUCCUUUCAUUGGACAUGUUGGGUUAUGCAUGGAGGAUGGAGCUGUGGUGGACUUUUCGGGUUCCAACCUUGUGAAUGUUGAUGAUUUUGCUUAUGCCGGUGUCGCUCGGUACAUUCAACUUGACCGCAACCAGUGUUGCUUUCCAUCAAACCUUGCGAAGCACACAUGCAAGUACCGUUACAAGCAUUCAGAAAACGGAACGGCUAUCAGUUGGGAUGAUGCAAUCCGGUCAAGUAGGCGGCAGUUUGAGCACAAAUCUUACAACCUCUUCACAUGUAAUUCCCACUCUUUUGUUGCCAACAUUCUCAACCGAAGUUGUUAUGGCGGAUCAAUGAGUUGGAACAUGAUGAACGUGGCUGCUCUUGUCCUCUUCAACUUCAAGGCCCAUUGGGUGGAUGCUUUGGCCAUUGUUAAAUCAUUUCUACCUUUUACUCUCAUGGCUUGUUUUGGUAUUGCCAUUGUUGGCUGGUCGUUUUUAAUUGGUCUUCUCUCAUUUUCUCUUCUCCUCAUUGCUUGGUUUUCUCUAGCUAUAUUUUGUCUCAAAAAUCUUUUGGAAUGCUAAUGCUAAUGCUAUUGCUAAUCUUAUUAUUUCUUUUAAAAAAUAUUAUAAGUUGGUUUUCUCUAGCGACAUAAAUUUGAUUUCUUCAUAAUAUCGCAUUGGUGAAAUUGAAAAUCAUAAAUUUGUGUUUGUUUGUUGGGCUUCGGACCUUGCGUUUAAAAAUCUAAUGAUGAUUCAUUUUGCUGUCAAUGUAUUUUAAGAUUUAAAUGAUGGCGAACAAGUUUCCCUUGUAUGUUUAGCAACAAGGAGCGAUAAUACAAGCUUGUAUGAGUACUUUGUAAUUUACCUCCUUAGGUUGGACAUGGGACUGAUUUGGUGGGGUGUCCAGUGAUAUGCUUAAAUAACUGGUGGUAUAUGAAGUGCCC